CCCCCCAACCCAACCCCAGCGUACUGGCCAACACGGAGACGUAUGGCCCGGCCCUUCUGACUCGGUCUGACUCAUUCUGUGGCGGUGCAGGCAGCCAGCAGACCGUUCUCCAUGAGGAGCAGUAGAAGAUGCCGGCUCUGCCAGCACUGCUGCUGUCGAUACACUGUGUCUCCUUCCUGCUAGUUACCAUGGCGCCUCGCUCCCUCAGCCUGGCCCCAGUGCUCUCCUCUGUCCGCAUGGCGGCCAUCCUGGACGACCAGUCGGUGUGCGGCCGCGGGGAGCGGCUGGCCCUGGCCCUGGCCAGGGAGAACAUCAACAGCGUGAUGGAGGGCCCGUCGCGCGCCCGCGUGGAGGUGGACAUCUACGAGCUGCAGAAGGACUCCCAGUACGACACCACCGACACCAUGUGUCAGAUCCUACCCAAGGGUGUCGUCUCGGUUAUAGGUCCCGCCUCCAGCCCCGCCUCCGGCUCGACUGUCAGUCACAUAUGUGGGGAGAAGGAGAUCCCUCAUGUAAAGAUCGGUCCAGAGGAGACCCCUCGCUUGCCGUACCUGCGCUUUGCGUCCGUUACGCUGUACCCCAGCAACGAGGACCUGAGCCUGGCUGUCGGGGCCAUCCUGCGCUCCUUCAGCUACCCCUCUGCCAGCCUGGUGUGUGCCAAGGCCGAGUGCUUGCUACGAUUGGAGGAACUGGUGCGACGCUUCCUGAUCUCCAGGGAGACGCUGUCGGUCAGAAUGCUGGACGAUAACCUGGACCCCACCCCCCUGCUGAAGGAGAUCCGAGACGACAAAGUGGCCACCAUCAUCAUAGACGCCAACGCCUCUGUCUCCUAUCUCAUCCUCAAGAAGGCGUCAGAGUUGGGGAUGACGUCUGCAUUUUACAAGUACAUCCUCACCACGAUGGACUUCCCUCUCCUGAGGCUGGACGACAUUGUGGACGAGCAGUCCAACAUCGUGGGCUUCUCCAUGUUCAACACCACCCACCCCUUCUACCUGGAGUUCAUCAGGAGCCUCAACCUGUCCUGGAGAGAGGGCUGUGACCUCACCUACCCCGGGCCCGCGCUCUCGUCUGCGCUGAUGUUCGACGCGGUGCACGUGGUGGUGGGCGCCGUGCGCGAACUCAACCGCAGCCAGGAGAUCGGCGUGAAGCCGCUGAGCUGCGCUUCGCCACAGAUCUGGCAGCACGGCACCAGCCUCAUGAACUACCUGCGCAUGGUGGAGUAUGACGGUCUGACAGGCCGCGUGGAGUUCAACAGUAAAGGUCAAAGGACCAACUACACCCUGAGGAUCCUGGAGAAGCACCGCGGGGGCCACAGAGAGAUCGGUGUGUGGUUCUCCAACAACACCUUGGCCAUGAACUCCACCAGCCUGGACAUCAACGUGUCGGAGACGCUGGCCAACAAGACGCUCAUCGUCACCACCAUACUGGAGAACCCGUACGUGAUGCGCAAGGGCCACGACCAGUACGAGGGCUUCUGCGUGGACAUGCUCCGGGAGCUGGCCGACAUCCUGAAGUUCUCCUUCAGGAUCAAGCUGGUGGACGACGGGCUGUACGGGGCCCCCGAGCCCAACGGCUCCUGGACCGGGAUGGUGGGGGAGCUGAUUAACCGAAAAGCGGACCUGGCGGUGGCUAGCUUCACCAUCACCUCGGAAAGAGAGAAGGUCAUCGACUUCUCCAAGCCCUUCAUGACCUUGGGAAUCAGCAUCCUGUACAGAGUUCAUCUGGGGAGGAAGCCAGGCUACUUCUCCUUCCUGGACCCCUUCUCUCCAGCUGUGUGGCUCUUCAUGCUACUGGCCUACCUGGCCGUCAGCUGCAUCCUCUUCCUGGCUGCAAGGCUGAGCCCCUACGAGUGGUACAACCCCCACCCGUGUCUCCGGGAGCGCAAGGACCUGCUGGAGAACCAGUACACCCUUGGGAACAGCUUGUGGUUCCCCAUCGGAGGCUUCAUGCAGCAGGGCUCCGAGAUCAUGCCGAGGGCCCUGUCUACCCGAUGUGUCAGCGGGGUGUGGUGGGCCUUCACCCUGAUCAUCAUCUCCUCCUACACCGCCAACCUGGCCGCCUUCCUGACCGUCCAGAGGAUGGAGGUGCCCAUCGGCUCGCCGGACGACCUGGCCGACCAGACCAACAUCGAGUACGGCACCAUCCACGGAGGGAGCACCAUGACCUUCUUCAUGAAUUCCCGGUACCAGACGUACCAGCGGAUGUGGAACUACAUGCACUCCAAGCAGCCCAGCGUGUUCGUGAAGAGCACGGAGGAGGGCAUCGCCCGCGUGGUCAACUCCAAGUACGCCUUCCUGAUGGAGAGCACCAUGAACGAGUACCAGCGCGGACGCAACUGCAACCUCACCCAGAUAGGAGGCCUGCUGGACACCAAGGGCUACGGCAUCGGCAUGCCGCUCGGCUCUCCGUUCAGAGAGGAGAUCACGAUGGGCAUCCUGCAGAUGCAGGAGAACAACCGCCUGGAGAUCCUGAAGAGGAGGUGGUGGGAGGGCGGCCAAUGUCCCAGGGAGGAGGACCACCGCGCAAAAGGCCUGGGCAUGGAGAACAUUGGCGGUAUCUUUGUGGUUCUCAUCUGCGGGCUGAUCAUCGCCGUGUUCGUGGCCAUCAUGGAGUUCGUGUGGUCCACGCGGCGGUCGGCCGAGACCGACGAGGUACGCCCCCACACCUGCCCUCGCCGAACCCCCAGACACACCCCAGUGUCUGUCUGUCAGGAGAUGCUCACCGAGUUUCGAAACGCCGUCUCCUGUAAGAAGAGUUCCCGCUCCCGCCGCCGCCGGCCCGCCUCUAGCUCCUCCGCCCUGCGCCACCCCGGCCGCGUCACCCUGGGGGCCCCCCGGCCCCUGCGCCUUGUCCGCGAGAUGCGCCUCAGCAACGGCAAGCUGUACAGCGGCGCCGGGACCCUGACGGGCGGAGCCGGGCCCUUGGUUGGCGGAGCCGGGGAAGGCGGAGGCGGAGCAGCGGAAGGGUCCGCGGCCGCAGACCUGGGCCCGGGGCCCCAGCGCAUCCUGGAGUUCCCUCUGGGGGCCAGCACCACCCCGCCUCCCCCGGCCCCCGCCACCGUGACGGCGCUGGCCCCGCGCGGCUGCAGCCACGUGCGGAUCUGCCAGGAGUGCCGCCGGAUCCAGAACCUCCGCGGCGACACCGGCCUGGGGCCGUCCGCCUCCACACGCAUCCCGCCCUCCUCGGCGCCCCUCCCCCGGCUACCGCCGCCCCCGCCCCCGUCCUCCUCCAACACAGACAGCGAGGGCGGGGGGGGGGCCCAGCCCGAGGCGGCCGCAGACCCCCGGGCCCCUCCCACCUCCGCCGAGCAGCAAGGCCACAGACUUCUUGGCCGAGCAGGACUGAGCCCGGGGAUGAUGGAGGUCACGGAGCAGCGCUGGGGGUCAAAAGGAAAAGGGCUCUCUCGGAAGACAUGGCUCUCCCUCUCCACCCGCCAGCAACGUCAGGUCACAGAGAAGGUGGAGAGAAGGGGCCAUGAAGACUCAGAAACAAAGGGGAACCUGAAGGAGGUCAGCCCAUGGAAAGUGAGGGGAGCAUCAGACGGAGUAAGAGACCUGUAGACUCCCAGGCGUACACUAAACAGUAUGGCCAUGAACGGCCAGCGCUUUCCUGCCUGGCGGUCGAGUUGUGCUCUUGAAGAUGGCUCCCUCUUCACCUGCCUGCUGUCUACACACACAAACACAAACGAUAUUCAAACAGGGACAGCAGUGUGAUGGAUCAGCGAGCGGCAGCACAUCAUCAUCACUGUGUCCGAGCUACUGUUCACCCUUGGCUCUCCUUUCCCUCCGUCUCGGUGUACUUCUCAGAGGUCAGGAGCUUGGUUUGGAUCCACAAAAAAAGACCUUUGUUUGCCUCUACACUGGCUGGAGAGGAGUCGGCCUUAGAGGACAGACUUUAUCUGUAUGUGAUCUUAUCAAAGCGUGACUUUCAGACAGACAAUAUUUCCUGUUGUUUUUUCUUUCUUUCUUGGAUGUCUUUCUUUGUUUGUUACCAUUAUUCCAAGUGGAAAUUAGAGAAAAAAAAAAUAAAAUACUAUUUGUGACACAUUUGUGGUGGAUUAGAACAUAAUGUGACCAUACCAUGCCUACCCUAAACGUUUUGUGUUCCUCCCCCUGCGUCCCACACGGACGCCUCUCAAGUUGCUUAGAGAGUGAGGUUGAUGAAAUAAUUUCUCGUCCGGUCUGCAUUUGUAGUGAGUGAAUGGGAUGCGUUCAUGUUGAACUGUGUAUGUUAAUUCUAAGUCGGUCAGUAAUUAACCAAAGGGAGGGCAGCUGUGUAUCCCAGGAUCGCAUCGUUUUAUCAAUGUGUGAUAAUCCAACAGUGACAGACAACAAAAGGGUACGAGAGGCUCUGAAAUGUACAAUUUGUGUUUCUAAUGAAAUGGCGCAACUCUUGCUGUGGUUCCUUUUCUUUUCUUAAUGUUUGUACCCCUGAUUACACAGAAUGAAAGGAGACAGGGUAUUGGAAUCAGAGAAUGUAGAGAGAGUGUGAGAGAGAGAGAGAGAGAGAGAGGGAGAGAGAGAGAGAGAGAGAGAGAGAGAGAGAGAGAGAGAGA